AAGAUUGGGUUGUGCACGAGGAGGGAAAACAACGAUAAACAUACGAAGGGAAAGCAAAUCAAUUUUGCAAGGAAAUUCCGUUUAUCGUCAUUUUGACAGCAAAAGGUUUUGAACCACCAACUUGUACAGUUUAUCAACAUUACAACCCAGUGUGGACGUACCCCCUAAAGUAAUUAUUGAAACAAAGGCUAUACUAUUUGGACAACUGAUCAAAGGGUCAAGACACUACAAAUAUCCGGUCGAAAAAAUUCAAGCACGGAUUUUCUCAUUACCACAGACAAGCUUUAAGAAACAAAAUGACUGCCGUUAUUGAUUCAGAUGUGUCAGUCGUGAUAGAAGAGGAAGUGUUUGAAGAACAAGAUUUACUUAUACGACGUUUGACACCAUAUGCCACCAUGCGACCACAGGAUUUACAGUCCUUACGGCUCGGGGACGGAAAUGUUUGGACAAACCACUUUGAAGAUCUCCUUCUUGAUCGAUUUACUUCUAAAUACCCUGAAAAUGGAAUAAGUGAGGAAGAAGAACACACCAAUUUCAGAACCAACUCCAAGGAGCCGACUUCUAGAAAUGUGGUAGUAAAUGGGUCCGAAAAUAAUGAUGUACCAGCUGAAUAUUUGGUGAAAGGGUUGAAACCACACGAACUACCCGUCAUAGGAGUUUAUGUACAUCGACAAAUCAGCCCUGGUUUUCCAUACCUAGUUCGGUAUAACAACUCUCAACGAUACCUGUUUAAUGGCGAAGCUCGAUGUCUUAAAUCUAUUGGUAUGGGAUAUGGUAAACGUCUGACCUUUGCUGGUGAUACACCUAACGACGACUGUGUUUUCUGGUCUGACAGUCACCCAGAGGGAUUUGCUUUUAGUCUAGUAGCGGUUCAAGGUAAUCAAAAAUUCGUCAUUUACACGGCUCAGAUGGAAGCCGUUGGCGAGGUCCUUGUCGAAUCGAUCAUGGAUGAACAAGAAGAAGAAUCGACGGAAUGCGUCAAUGUUGCGAUUACCAAGUACGUCCAUGUAAGGAUGGAGUGUAGUAUCAAAUAUUAUCAACGAAACCAUGGUCUUCUAGAACUCCGUCACAAUGAUGUCGAGUCAAUCAAUGGUCUCGCCGUUUUAGUUAAACAUAAAGGCGAAAAACGAGCAAAUCUUAAAUGUAUCCAAAAUGUAAUACUUUCCCGAUUUGGCAAAUGUUCCCUUUACAAAGAUUGUUGACAUCUUGGAGACGAAGCUCCAAAUACUAUCCAGACUUUUAAUAACAUCGUGCCAUUGAUAUAUUAUUAUAGAUCUAACGAACAAAAAAGCUUUACACUGCCUAAUGAUGUUGACUUUAUCACACUUAAUCUUCAUCUCAGACCGAAGCUUUCGUAAUUGAUUUCCUUCAGGCAUUAUAUAUCAUGAACCGUGGGUCGGUUUCGACCUAUAAUAUUACCAUACAAUUAAUAUUCAUGCUGUGACAUAUCGAAACAUGUUGAUGAAUCAAAUUGCUAUUGCUAAAUGUUGAAGUCAACAGAAAAUAGAUAAGAUAAAAUCUGGACCAUCGACGGGGAUUUGGUCAUAAUUAUAUUUGUAAAUAAUUACUUGUUUUACAACUGUCAUAUAAAUUAUAUUAUAUGGUUUUAUUUAAUUGUUAUUAUAAUAAACUGUUACUAUUAUUUAAAA